CGUAGUUCUAUUAACCCCUACUUUACAAGUAUAACCUUAAACAUUUAAGUGUGGUUUAACUUUAAAUACGAAUAUUAUGUCUAACCCGCACAAAAAUAAGAUUAUUAAGAAGAAAAAAGCUAAAGUGAAAGUGUUCACUAAAAAACAAAAAACUUCAAAAGGCAUAAAUAAUGCUAUCGAAGAACUUGGUCAAAAAUAUAAAGAUAUUGUUUCGAGUGAUUGCAAAGCAUUUUCGGAUUUCCCACUCUCCUCAAACACAGUAAGAGGCUUAAAGGCAGCGAAAUAUAUAAAUCCCACCGACAUUCAACGGGAAACCAUUUUAUUGGCGUUGCAAGGCAAAGAUGUUCUAGGCGCAGCACAAACAGGCUCGGGGAAAACGUUGGCUUUUUUAAUUCCAAUUUUGGAGCUGCUCUAUUGUAAUCAGUGGACACAUUUAGACGGUUUAGGUGCACUGGUUAUUACCCCUACUAGAGAAUUAGCAUUACAAAUAUUUGAAGUGUUACGGAAGGUUGGGAAAUGUCACGAUUUUUCAGCUGGGCUCAUAAUUGGUGGGAAAGAUCUGAAAUUUGAACGUAAAAGAAUGGAUCAGUGUAACAUUAUAAUAUGCACACCCGGUCGACUGUUACAGCAUAUGGAUGAAAACCCUUUGUUUGACUGCAACAACAUGAAGGUCUUGGUAUUAGAUGAAGCAGACAGAUGCCUAGAUAUGGGCUUCGCUCAAACUAUGAAUGCAAUAAUAGCCAAUUUACCCCAAAAACGCCAAACAAUGCUGUUUUCUGCUACACAAACAAAAUCUGUAAAAGAUCUGGCCAGACUCAGUUUAAAGGAUCCAUGCUACAUAUCUGUACAUGACAACUGCAAGUAUACAACUCCAGUUGGUUUAGAACAAAGUUACAUGAUAUGCGAAUUAAAGGACAAAAUAGCUGUGAUUUGGAGUUUUAUCAAAAAUCAUUUGAAAAAGAAAGUAAUAAUCUUCUUCUCCAGUUGCAAGCAAGUGAAAUUUGUUUACGAAAUGUUUUGCAAAUUACAACCAGGUACAAGUGUUUUCGCUUUAUAUGGAAGUCUCCACCAACAACGCAGAAUAACAACGUAUGAAACAUUCUCUCAGAAAAAAUCUGCUGUUUUAAUAGCUACUGAUUUGGCAGCACGCGGAUUGGACUUUCCUGAAGUGCACUGGGUUGUACAUGCUGAUUGCCCUGAGGAUACAGACACUUACAUACACCGAACUGGUAGGACAGCGCGAUAUUUUCGAGGUGGUGAAAGCGUUUUACUUUUGUUAUCAUCGGAAAUAGCAAUGAUUGAAAAAUUGAAAGAGCGGAAAAUUCCACUCACAAAAAUUGAAGUGAAUCCGAUAAAACUACAAAAUCCGAUCAAGAAAAUGGAGGCAUUAUUAGUAAAAUUUGUCGCGCUAAAAGAAUCAGCUCAAAGAGCAUUUAAAAAUUACAUAAAAUAUGUAUAUUUAAUGAAAGACAAAAGUGUCUUUGAUGUACAUUCAUUAGACACAGAUUCAUUUGCACGAUCACUAGGUUUAGCUGUGACACCGAGAGUUAGAUUUUUACAACGUUUAAAUUUAAAAACACAACCUCAAAAACAAAUUGUGCAAAAUAAUAACGUGAGAAAUGCAGAUAGGGUAGAGCACAGCGAAAAUAGUGAUACGGAAGACAAUCAACACAAUAAGACAGAAGAGGUUGAUAGUGAUAGUGAUGAGGACAUACUGACUAUUAAAAGGAGAGACCACGAUAUUGAUAUACCAGUGGGACAAGAAUUGGAAGCACCUCAUGUUAAUACCUCAAAGAAGGUCACAACAAAAGUUGCACUAGCAAAAAAAAUUUUGCGUAAAAAUAUUGCUUCAAAUAAAAAACUUGUGUUCAACGAUGACGGUGAUGCAGUUGCCGUUGGCACUAAAGAGAAACGUUCUGAACUAGCGCAAGCUUACGAAAAUGAGGACGUGGGCGGUCUAGAUAUAGAAAAGGCUAAACUUGUUUUGAGAGAGGAAGAUAAAUAUGAUAAACAAUUAUUUAAAGAAAGGAUAAAAUUGAAGCAUAAGGAGCAGAAGAAAAAGUUAAAGGAAAAGAAAUUGAAAGAAAAAGAAGAGGCAGAACAAGAGCAGGAUGAUUUUGGAUCCGAGUCGGAAUCUGAGGCGCCAGAUCUGUCAUGGUUACCAGAUCCUGAUAAAAUUUAUGGAAAGAAAACUGAUUCUGAACUGGCAGAGUUUUAUGAAGAGCAUGAAAACAAAAAUCAAGUAGAGAAACAACGAUUUAAAAGGAAAACCUCCCGCACAGCAGAUGUUCCCAGUUCAAAGAAGAAAAAGAAAGCGCUUAAACAAACUAAAUCGUUAUCUGUUAAUGAAGCCGAAGAGUUAGCAAUGUUGCUUCUACAGAAUAAAUCUUAGGUAUUUAGUUAAAUUGUUUAUUAAAAAAAGUUUUCCUGCAAUUACUGUAUAAAAACGUUACAAAAAAUAUAAUUGCACAGUUAACAAUUUA